UUCUGAAAGACCUUUGUUUGGCAUCCAUUUGUGUCACAUGACGAUCACAUGGUCUAAUAUUAAUUUGAUGACUUUGAUCUGAAAGGAUUGCUGAUCAUUUUGAUAUGCGUCUCAUGUGCAUAGCAUAUAGUAUGGCCGAGGAAUGGACGAAAAUGUUAAAAAUUCCAAAAUUCUGUCUCUAUAUGCAAAGCACUGUACUGUACGUUUUUAUCGGUUUUUUUACACAUUUUUUAACCGUUAUUAUGUUGAUUCACUGCUUUCCAAAUCUGUGUAUUAUCAAGUUUAUUUGUAUUGGAAGG